CUAGCUAUUCCCACCCACACUGUAUUCCUCGCUAAUGUCCUCAAUCAGUCUACCGCUCGAUCCAGUGCCCGGUUUCUGCGUAAAAUCAAAGGUGCUUAGCCAAGCCGUUGUCCCUAGAACCGCCACUGGUUCUCUUCCACAACCUACUAGUACUAGCCUCUCCGACACACUAGGAGCCCUGAUCACCAUCCCAAAGGGCCUUAAAGUUUUCGUUAACAUAGCAUGGGACGCCAACGUGCCUCCACCUCCACCUGGAAGCGAAGAUGUCAUACAAAAAGCGAUGCGUGGUGAAGACUAUCCCGAAUUAAACCCCGGCGGAUGGUUCGUGCCAGUCGUAGUCUCAGAUCUGCGUGAUGACAAAGACAAAGCCGGUCAAUUAGCCCUUGUCAUUGAUUGUGUUUUCAACACGACCAUCAAGUCUCGCACGUUGAAAGAUGCAGACUUCAAAGCGUUCAUCAUAGAACUAGCGCUGCAGCGCGUCGAAUCGCAGACUUCCCUCUCACUCUCCCGACAGAUCGGCACGCCCAACAUCGCCUCGAAAGGCAAACUUGCAACGCGGCAAGUACUCGUGCCUGAACUACUCUUUCCGCCCGGUCACCCCCACCACAAAUCCGAGACAAAAACUAAUCUCAUUCAAGAAAUAGCUUCCCUGCCAGGUGCCGCGUCAGCGCCAAGAACUAAAGGGAUACUUAAAAGUACAUCGAAUAGCCACACUCCCAUGUGGACAUGGUCAAAGAACCAGUGUAAAAUCCGCAUCAUGAUCGAUGUGCCCAAUGUGACUCACUCCGACAUUCCCAACUCAACACUCGACGUAGAGCCACGAAGAGUGAUACUACACGUUCCGUCAUUAUACGACCUAGAUAUCAACCUCGAUGCGGCACCAGGCCCGGACGCUAUGUCCCGGCAUGAACUUCUUGGUGAAGGGGCGUUAGAGCUCAAAAGUCUGAGAGAUCUCGAUGUAGACGGCGCCAAGGCGGUGUGGAAAGUUGCUGAAAAGGUUAUAGUGCUUCUGGCUUAGUAGCCUGGCUCAGUCUGGCUCCUGCUGACUCGCUGGCUGUGCGAGUAACCUUGACGAAACGAAAAUCAUGUGUAAUCCACCAAAUUGAAAACAUAUCUCGCUGUUUGUAAGUAAAUAAUGCAAAUUGUGAGUAAAUUAUCA